UUCCCACAUUUUCACACAAAUCUCUCUUUCCUCUUCCCUCUUCCCUCACCCCUCACCGACGGCCGACACCGUUUACUGGUGGACACCGAAAGAGGUACCUUAGUCCACGUUGCAUACGCUGCAAGCAACACGUUGCUUUAAACGACACCGUUCACUUGUGGACAGGACAGCUUCACUGCUGAUCUUCUCUCGCUGUUGCUCUUUCUUUUGGAGGCUCUCUUUCGUUGUGCAAGCAAAAGAACGAUGGCGAGCAAUCUGUGCCGUUUAUUCUCAUCAAGCGCUCUCAAGCUGACCUUCUCCCACACCAGAUCCGACCAGCUCACUCGCUCGCUGUCGAACUCAGUGAACCGACUCAUCUGCUCCGCGACUCAGCAGCCCCAUCCGCUCGAAGAAAACCCUAAGCAGAGCCACAAGCAGAGACUACGGAAAAGGAUCUCCAAAACGAAAGCCAGGAAGAAAAUCAAGAAGACGACGAAUGACUACGACGACAAUGGCAAUUUUGUGAAUAAAGCAACUGGCGAGGUCGGUGGGCCCCGUGGUCCGGAGCCCACCCGGUUCGGCGACUGGGAGAAGAACGGCCGGUGCUGUGAUUUUUGAGAUUUGAGAAAUUUUUUUGUAUUUUGCUUUGGUGAUUCGAUGUCGUUUUGCCCAAAUCACAUUUUGAUGGUUGGGGUUUCGUAUUUUGAAGAGAAUAAAUAAAAUCAAUUAUACUGUUUUUGUUU